AUUCAGGAAUCUAAUUUUAAAAAUCCCUUUCUUAUGUACUCAAAUACGGGAGGUAAAAAAUGCCGACCGUUAAAACAAAGCAAGAGCGCCUUGAGACCUAUAGAAUUAUCUGAAGAAUUAUCCUCCGAUGAGGAAGCUGAAUUAGAAAAAGAAGCUGCUCAGUAUCAUAAUGAAGAUGAUCAAGUGUUUGUUAAUACGCCUUUUAAAUUGAAGAAACAGCAAACACUUUUAAAAAAGGAACCUGUUGUUUUACCAGCAAUAGAAGCUGGUAGACGUCCGCCCCCUCCUGACAUAUACCAUCAAAUAUCACCUCACUCACCCUUACAGUUAUCAUUGCUACAAGCUAAACAACAAGGUGAAGAUGUGAGUGGGUUUUCAAAAAUAUUGCAUGCUUAUCCUAUAACAUAUGCUCCUCACCCUACUCAAGCCAAUGUUAGAAUUGCUACAUAUACAUCCAUUACAUUUAAGAAUCUUAAAGAAUUGAAAACAGCUGCUGCUCAAUAUGGUGCAACUGCACCAUAUACUAUUGCUAUUUUAGAGAACAUUGCAGCUGAAGUUCUUCCCCCAUGGGACUGGAAAGGCUUAGCUAAAGCUACCUUAACGGGAGGAGAAUAUUUGUUAUGGCUUACAGAUUUUAUGGAUUCCUGUUAUGAUUAUUCUCAAAAACCACACUUUCGCCAACAAGGAAUUACUCAUGAAAUGUUAGCUGGCACAGGACCACAUGUUGAUCUGGCACAACAAUUAACUUACCCUGCUGCGACAUAUGAUGCCAUUCGAGAAAUUGGUUUGAAAGCCUGGAAAGGGCUACCUAGACAUGGAACGUCUAGGGAAGAAUUAACUAAAGUCCGACAGGGACCAGACGAACCUUAUCAUGAUUUUGUAUCUCGUUUGUUACAAACUUCAUCUAGGCUCAUACAAGACACCGAUUCAGCUAUGAUUUUAGUUAAGGAAUUAGCUUUUGAAAAUGCUAAUAAUAUCUGUCAAUCCAUAUUAAGACCUUGGAAAAAUAAAUCAACAUUAAAUGACUAUAUCAGAUUAUGUUCUGAUGUUAGCUCUGGAUAUAUUCAAGGCAUAGUCACUGCCGCAGCACAACAGGGCAAACCUGUUGAGCAAGUUUUAGCUGCAAUGCAAUUUAAGAAAAACAGAAGGGUUGCAGGCCCUCCUGGUAGCUGUUUUCAUUGCGGACAAAUGGGGCAUCAAGUACGUCAAUGUCCUAAUAAAAAGAUUCCAAGUAAUAAUGGAAAAAAUCCAGGUUUAUGCCCAAAAUGCAAAAAGGGUAAUCAUUGGGCUAAUGAAUGCCGAUCUAAAUAUGAUAAGAACGGCAAUUCCUUACAGUCGGGAAACUUCUCAAUGGGCUUGCCCCGGGCCCACCCAAACAAACAGGGGAUGUAUCCUGUGCAGGUGCAAACCUCAGAGCACCAGCUAAACAAUCCAUUUCACAACUCCACCGAGGUACCAGUCAUAGUGCCGGACUGGACCUGUGUUCCUCCUCCCACUUCGUAUUAACACCUGAAAUGGGGGCACAAGCUAUCCCAACAGGGAUAUAUGGCCCAUUACCUGCGGGAACAUGCGGUUUGGUAUUGGGACGAAGUAGUCUGAGCAUGAAAGGAUUGCGAGUUAUACCAGGACUAAUUGAUUGUGAUUAUGAAGGAGAGUUAAAAGUUAUGUUACAAUCUGAAAUUUCUGUCUUUAAUCUACCUGCAGGAACAAAGAUUGCACAGUUGCUUUUAAUUCCUUAUGUUUCAUCUAUAGGAAAAGCUGAUUCCCACAUUCGGGGAACAGGCGGUUUUGGAUCUACUGAUGUUUAUCUUUUACAGCCCAUCAAUCAUCAGAGACCUGAACUUCAGUUAACAAUUGAUGGUAAAAAUUUUACAGGACUCUUGGACACCGGAGCAGAUGUAUCGGUAAUGACUUUAAAACAAUGGCCAAAAGAAUGGCCUUUACAGCAUGCUUCAGCUGAUCUAAAAGGAAUUGGAGUUGCAAAUUUGCCUCUUCAAAGCUGUAAGUUGUUAAGUUGGACAGACAAAGAGGGACACUCUGGUUCCAUUCAACCAUAUGUACUAGAAAGCUUGCCUCUUAACCUCUGGGGCCGAGAUAUCUUGACACAAAUGGGUGCAUACCUUUAUACGCCUAGCAGUUAAUCUGAUAAAUUUAUCAGUAACUAUGUAUGCAGAUAAAAUCUGUUGGAAAUCAGAUCAUCCUGUUUGGGUUGAUCAAUGGCCUCUAACUAAAGAAAAAUUGCAAGCUGCUCGUCAAUUAGUAGUGGAACAAUUACAAUUAGGUCAUAUAGAACCUUCCACAUCACCAUGGAACUCACCUAUUUUUGUUAUAAAAAAGAAAUCGGGGAAAUGGCGACUUCUCCAAGACUUGAGAGAAGUCAAUAAAACAAUGUGUACCAUGGGAGCGUUACAACCUGGUCUACCCAGUCCUAU